CCUCAGCUUUUUCGCAUAGCUAGUGAGAACGUCAGACAGCACGGUUUGCUGCAGCGAGCGAUCUUUGUUUGCACUGUCCGUCCGGGUACCGUGUGUGCACUGGUGAAAAUUCUAAGGUUGAAAAUUGCAUAAAAAGGGAUCUAAUCUCGUUGGUGGAUUUGAAAACAAACGCGACCGUAAACGAAAGUUAAAUUGAAUCAAUUAAUCAAUUAUUGUGAUAAAUAGCCAAUUUUAUCGGAUUAAAUGUGUUAAGGUUGUUACGUAACGGUUGUAGUUGCAAGUUUGCCCCAAUUCUAUCUACAGUGAACACAUAUAUUAGCUGAUCCGGAGGAGUGCAAUAAAAAGAUCAAAAUGACGUCGAUAAACGUGGACAAGUACAAGCUGUCUGACAAGACGGCCAAACUCACAGCUAAAGAUAUCAUUCCCAUGAUCCAGUCAUCGGACUCGGCAGAAACUCGAGAGUUUUUGCAGAAGAUAAUGGAACUGCUCAUUGAUUACGUCAACAUUCAGAAUGACCGCAAGGAAAAAAUUCUAGAUUUUCACCACCCGGAGGAUAUGAAGAAGCUACUCAGCCUGGAGGUACCCGAUGAUGCUGUCAGUCUGCAACAGCUCGUCAAGGACUGCGCCAUCACGCUGAAGUAUCAAGUGAAGACGGGUCAUCCCCACUUCUUCAACCAACUCUCCAGCGGUCUGGACGUGGUUUCAAUGGCGGGAGAAUGGCUUACCGCGACCGCCAAUACAAACAUGUUCACGUACGAGAUUGCACCGGUGUUUAUCCUGAUGGAAAAUGUGGUUCUAUCGAAAAUGCGCGAAAUCAUCGGAUGGAAAGGCGGUGACUCGAUUCUCGCCCCCGGAGGUUCGAUUUCUAAUUUGUACGCUUUCCUGGCCGCUCGGCAUAAGAUGUUCCCAGGCUACAAAGACCAUGGAGCCCGUGCCUUACCUGGUGAGCUGGUUAUGUUCACCUCGGACCAGUGCCAUUACUCGGUGAAGUCCUGUGCCGCCGUUGGUGGGCUUGGAACCGACAACUGCGUUAUGGUUCCGUCGGAUGAGUACGGCAGAAUCAUUCCUUCCGAGCUGGAGCGUCUCAUCUUGGAACGAAAAGCACGUGGCCAGAUUCCAUUCUUUGUCAAUGCCACUGCGGGAACUACGGUGCUCGGUGCAUUUGACCCAUUGAAUGCGCUAGCCGACAUCUGUGAAAAAUACAACUGCUGGUUCCAUGUCGACGCUGCGUGGGGUGGUGGCUUAUUGUUCUCGAAGAAGUAUCGCCAUCCAAGAUUCUCCGGAGUAGAACGAGCGGACUCGGUCACCUGGAAUCCACACAAGUUGAUGGGUGCUCUACUUCAGUGCUCUACUAUUCACUUCAAGGAGGAUGGUCUUUUGAUCAGCUGCAACCAGAUGUCCGCUGAGUAUCUGUUCAUGACCGAUAAGCUCUAUGACAUCAGCUACGACACUGGUGAUAAAGUGAUCCAAUGCGGACGCCACAACGACAUCUUUAAACUAUGGCUCCAGUGGCGUUCCAAGGGCACCGAUGGCUUCGAAAAGGCGAUGGAUCAAUUGAUGGAGCUAGCCGAAUAUCAAGUGAAACGAAUUCGAGAACAGUCGGACAAAUUUUACCUGAUCAUGGAACCGGAGUGUGUGAACGUCUCAUUCUGGUACAUCCCGAAGAGACUGCGUGGAGUUCCUCAUGACGCUAACAAGGAGAAAGAGCUCGGAAAAAUUUGUCCCAUCAUCAAAUCCCGGAUGAUGCAGUCCGGCACUCUGAUGGUCGGAUACCAGCCAGACGAUCGACGCCCCAACUUCUUCCGGUCAAUUAUCUCUUCGAUAGCCGUCAUAAGGUCGGACGUCGAUUUCAUGCUCAAUGAAAUUGAUCGUCUUGGUCAGGAUCUGUAAGGUGACGAUAGCAAUAAUUUACUGAACCGUUGGCCAUCUAGUCUUAAAUUGGAAGACUCUCUCUCUUAUGUAUUGAGAGCAACCUUGGCAUUUGAAAUCGAUGAGAAACUGCCCAGAAUUAAUAGUAGAGACAGUUUCAUUCAACUCUAGUGAACUACCAUAAAUUUGUCAACCAAUGAGUAUCAUUUGCAAUGACAUAUCAAAGAAAAAAUACCGUAACGAAUAAGUUAACUUGCGUUAAGUAAUUGUUAUAAAUAUUGGAAAGUGAAUGAAAUCAAUAUGUAGGAAAGUAACAGAGAAAAUAUUACAAUUAAGUUUGAAUGUUUCUUCUAAUUAAUUGUUUCUAUUGUUAUGUUGAUCAACCCCAAAACAUCCAUAAAACAUAUCGAUUCUUUAUUAUAGUAAAUUUCAAUUACCUAGCAUCCAAGUUCAAUAUCUCAAUUGAAGUGUCAAAACGAACAGACGUGAACGAAGUUUCUACAACAAAUUACCGUAUUUACUAAAAUUGACUGUUGCAAACGAAUAAAUCAGAAAGAAAAAAAUAUAUAUAUACACAAUAUAUAUACUAUACACAAAGUACACGUAUGCUCCCAUGAUCUAUAUACAUGCUCAUCCUGUUCCGCAAUUGAAUACUGACUGGUGACAGAAGUCAAAAUACCUUAAAUCAAUAAGUUUAAUUAUUUGUUGCGAAAUCAGUUUUCCCAAAUCCAAUCAUUCUAACGAAAAAAAAUGAACAUUUCAUCAAUGUGUAGUGUGCAAUAAAAUGAACUAAAAUUUGAAACAGGUGAUGAGCUCAACUCAUCCAACUGUAUGUAUAGUUGUACUAUAAGAAAAUUAUUUGUUAUUUUUUUUUAUUUACAUGUUCCUUUGCCUCUGCUCACGGUUACGUUGUGAAUGAUGUAAAUAUAACUGCGCAAAUAUCAUACAAGAAACCACUUGCUUUAAAACCUCAUAUUCCCACAGCCAGCGGAAUUGGAACGAUGAAUGCUAUAACGACUGAACGUUACAAAAAUUGUUAACUAGAAAUGCGUAAUGAAACUGAUUCUGAGCUUGUUAAUAUCGAGUAUUUGCCAAAGAUCUAGGUCACGAUACAGUAUUAAACCUGCGUUCAGUUAGAGAGUCCAAAUUUACGUUCAUCCAUCGACAAACGAAACUACUAGUGACUGACACAAAGUGUAAUUCAAUAUAGCGUAAUUUAAUGAUCAAGUGCUUGAAAUUUUAUCACCUAUAUACAAAAAGUUAUGUUUGAGUAUAUGAAUUUAUUUUAAAAAAAACGAGCAGUUUGAUUCCAAGCAUUUAUUGCUAGUGCUGAGAACAUCAAAACACAAAAUAAACGACAAAAUCACAAAGUCUUCCUUCAAAUGAAAUGUUAAUUAAAAACCAUGAUUCGCAUUCAUUCUCAGAUACCGUCUAUCGUGGUGAACUAGGGCAGAGAGAACUUAACAAGCUCUUGACGAACUUGCUUUAAUCAGUAGUAUAGUAACGAAGUUUGGAAAGAAAGCUCUCCUUCACCAUAAUGUAUAUUUCAUCUCGAGAGUGAUGGGAAUCAUAACUCGUAUAUUUAAAAGCAACGUAAGAAACACAAAUCAUACUAAUUAGUUGCUUGAUUUGUUGAAACUGAACAAACUUGUUUAAUUAGAAAGAAAAGAACGUCAUAGUCACACAAGUAUCACUAGUAAAAUUUAGCAAAGGAACCACAUGUACAGUUUCAAACCGAAACUGUAACGAAAGCAUCUCCCAAACGUGAACAAUGCAAAGGCGUCGCGGUAGCUCAAUCAUAUUUUAAACAACAAAACCCAACAUCAAAUUGAGCGUAAAAAAUGUAUAUGAAAAAUAAGCAUGUUGCGAAACAUAAAUCAAAAUGAAAAAAAAAACACAAAUUGAACUUUGACAGCCCACUAACUAUAGACCACUAUGCCAUGCUAAGAAACACAAUAGAUGUUAUGUGUUGUUAAAAUGAAUGAAAAAAUAUGUAAAUGCAAUUGAACACAUUGCACAGAAAAAAAGUAAAUAAAUAUCUGUAACCCACUAAA